AGGUGGCCACCUUGGGCUCAAGGUAGCGGUUGAGGGUUUCGGACACGGACCGUGUAGUGUUGGUACCAUGGCUGCGUCCUUGAGUUUGGCCAAAGACAAGAAGCCGGCGGCCUACGGCAACAUCAUGCGCAGGAUGACCAGCCGUGUCAACCAGUUGCACGACGAAUUGGCCCUGGAGAGUGUGACCAAUAUCGAGUUCGAGCAAUCCUCGCGCAGGUCCUUCGAGUUUCUUCAAGGGCAAGUCCGAACUCUCAAAGAGGCGUUCAACACGUUGACGGACACCAUUCUGGAAGAGAUUGAUUUCCUGAGUGGAACCGUACGGGGUGAACUCUGGAGGCUGGAUGAGCGCCAGACAGGAUUCGAGAAAGCGCUGGUUCGAGACUGCCAUGAUCAGCAGCUCCGGCAGCAGCAGCAGGGACAGCAAGUGCAUCAGCAGUCGCAGCAACUGCAACAGCACUCUCAACAGCUGCAGCAACAUGCGCAGCAGAUCCAGCAGCACUCACAGCAACUGACCCAACAGACGCAGCAAUGCCAGCAGCAAUCUCACAAGAUGCAGCAGCAAGCGGCUCAGUUGCACCAGAUGUCCACGCAGAUCCAGCAGCAACUUCAACAGAGCCAGCAAGUCUCCCAACAAAUGACGCAGCAAAGUCAACAGCUACAAACUCAGCAAAUCCAACUACCACAGCAAGUCACACAACAGCUGCAGCAGCAGUUGCAACAUCAAUUUACCUUGCAAAUCCAACAAGAGCUGGCCAAGCACUCACAGACGAUGAAGGAUACCAUGAAAGAGGAGAUCGCAUCGUUGACAAGUCGAUUUCAGGACUUGCAAUUGCAGCAAGAGAAGGCCAGCCAGUCUAGCCAGCAGAUCCAGCAGAUGCAGCUGGACCUGCAGCGGCACCAAACUAGCUUUGCAGACCUCGAGAAGCGGGCAGAACUCAUGGCUCAAGACUUGGACACGGUCCUUCAGGUGGUGCCCAAGGUGGAAGAUACCAUGUUGAAGACCACCGGCCAUUUGCAGGAGCGCAUUUCCAGUGCUGCUAUGGAUGUCUCCAAGCUCAACGAUGCGGUGGCCGUGGACCGCAUGAAGCUCUCGGGCACCACCGAGCGCCUGGAAGGCCGCAUGAAGUCAUUGGAGUCUGAUUUGCGGGAGGAGCUCGAGCAGAAGCACUUGAAGUUGCAACGCAGCAUCACAAGGCAGCUGGAGAGCAUGAGCCGGGCCUUAAUUGAAAGUGACCGGGCAAUGCCGGGCAUGCCCAUGCAGCCGGACGUGGGAUUCAUGGGCACAGGACAACGCCAGGUCGACUUUGAUAUGCCUGGCAUGGAGAGGCUUGACCCCAUGCAGCAAAGCAUGCAAUCCGGGUUUGGGACUUCACGCGUUCAAUGAGUGUCGAAUUCAAAGAUUGAGACGGUCAACGAAACGCACGAAUGAUGCAAGCAGCUUUUCACGCACGAAUGGUGUGAGACACUUCACGCACUGAGGGUGCUGCCUCAGUUAUGUUCUUUUGGAUCUUUCAUAGGAAUUGACUUGGGAACGGUCAUCCUGAAACGGC